UGCAGGCUGGAGGUGUUUGGCUGUCAGUUCCUCACUGCGUCCUGUCUACAGACAAUAUAUGAGAUGUGUCCUGGUCUAAAGCAUCUUAACAUCGGACAGGUGCCCAAAGUCAACGCACACAGUCUCACAGUGAUGGCAUCACAGCUCAAAUGUCUAAUUUCCCUUAAUGUCACUGGUCUACAGGCAGUCACUGAUGUCACAGUGGCCACUUUGCUUCAAAACUAUGUCGAACUUGAGAGUUUGACCCUCAGCUCUUGUCCUGGAGUCACGGACCUGACACUGCACAACAUAAGCAAAUAUACACCAUGCAUUAGAUACCUGGAUGUGAGUGGCUGUUGGGCAGUGACCGAUGCAGGAGUUCAGUCUCUGACUCUGGGAUGUCGACGGCUUCAGCAGCUAGACCUCAGUUCCACUGGUGCAGGAAACAGAGGGUAG